AUGUACGUGGCGCGUGUCAUUCAUGCCAGGUAUGAUACCCAGGAUGGGAUCUUUGAUGUGGCGUGGUCCGAGAUGCAUGAGAACCAGAUUGCGUCUGCGGGCGGCGAUGGCAGCAUUAAGCUGUGGGACAUAUCGCUUGAUGACCACCCGAUUCGUAACUGGCAGGAGCACAGCCGCGAGAUAUUCUCGCUGGACUGGAACAAUAUACAAAAGGAGCUGUUUGCGAGCAGUAGUUGGGAUGGCAGUGUGAAAAUUUGGACGCCUGAACGGCCUUCCUCGAUCCAGACCCUUCCUGCGCAUCAGGGAUGCGUGUACAAAUGCGCGUGGUCGCCGCACAGUGCCACUCUGCUGGCCACGGCGUCCGCGGAUGGCUCCGCUCGUAUCUUUGACCUUCGCGAGGGUGCACGGCCAGUAACCAGUGUACCUGUCGGUGGCGAAGUGCUGGCUCUGGAUUGGAACAAAUACCGACCAAUGACGCUCGCGACAGGCAGCACAGACCGUGCUGUCAAGGUGUGGGAGGCCCGUGGCGGUACCGCAGGGCCCCUGGCUGAGAAGUGCGUGCUGGUCGGGCAUCAGUACGCCGUGCGCAAUGUCGCCUGGUCCACGUACCAGUCGAAUGUGCUAGCGAGUGCCAGCUACGAUAUGACGGCACGCGUGUGGAAUGUGGACGAUGCUACGGUGACAGCGCAGUUACCUGUGGUAUCUACGCCGCGACAGGUCUAUACGGGCCACCGCGAGUUCGUCGUUGGCAUUGCAUGGUCACUGUUCGAGCCAGGUGUCGUGGCCACCACAUCAUGGGACAGAGAGACACAUGUGUGGCCGGCCAUGGUAUAG